UGUCGCGUGCUGUCAUCCACACCUGGUGGAGUGCUUGAUGAACCGACCGUUACUUUGUGACCUGCAGGAGGAGAGUCAACAGUUUGAACACUUUAUUAAACUGAGGAUUUAUCCUAACACAGCUGCUGAGAGGAGAUUAUCCGACGCUUUGUGAAGACAGGGGACAUUAUGAAGUCUGUUAAAGACGAUGGAGAGGUGAUGGGGACGGCAGAGAACAGAUUCACUAGAGAGGCGCCUCCCUCUGGGAUGUCCAAGAAUGGAUACUUCUUUCAAGAAAUGGAGCAGCGGGAGGUGGAGCAGGAGGAGGGCAGCGAGGGCCGAGAGGAGGGACAGGACUCGCCGAUCGCCUGCGGAGAUGACAUCCACCUCUAUGACAACCAGAUCAGCCCUGGGCCAGAUGCUGACGACUCUGGUUGUGUGUUAUUGAACACAUCAAGAAAGUAUGUGAAGCUGAUGAACUUUGAAGAGGAAGUUCGGGCUCACAGGGACCUGGAUGGCUUUCUGGCGAGGGCCACUAUCCUGCUGGAUGAGACAGCUGCCUCCCUGGAUGAUGUUCUGAAGAGAAUGUUGCACCAUGUGGGCCAGGACAGCCUUGUAUCUGAGCCCGCCUGCAACUUCGAGGAGGUGAUGAGUCUGCUUUUCACCGAUGCGGGAGCUCAGGAGGUCAACGUCCACCUGCUGUCAGAGACGAUCCAGGGAGUGACGGCCACUGCCACCGGGGUCCAGUAUCAGCAGUCAUGGCUCUGCAUCCUCUGCAACGUGAAGCAUCUCCAGAGGCGUCACGUGUGCAUCUCCCGCCUGGAGAGGCCGCAGAACUGGGGGGAGAACUGCUGCGAGGUCCGCUAUGUCAUCCUGAUACUGGCUCCACUCAAAAUGAAAAGCACCAAGACAGCCAUGGAGCUCGGCAGGACGUUCGCCACCCUCUUCUCUGACAUUUCCUUCAGGCAGAAGCUGCUGGAGACGAAGACGCAGGAGGAGUUUAAGGAGGCGCUGGUGCUCCAGAGGCAUCAGCUGACGGCGACCAACCAGCAGCCCACCGCUCUGGGGAAGGAGGAGACCGACCCCCGCAGUCACAAACCCCUCAAGUGUAAAGAUUUCUUCAAAGCCGGUCGGGGGAUUUACGAGGACUUGUGCCGCAGGCUGCCUUUCUACCCCUCUGACUUCACAGAUGGUAUAGUUGGCAGUAAUAAAACCCUGCUGAAGUACAUGACCACAGCCAUCUUCCUCUACAUUGCCAUCCUCCUUCCCGCCAUCGCUUUCGGCUCCCUGAAUGACGAGAGCACCCGUGGCGAGAUAGAUGUUCGCAAGACCAUCAUCGGCCAAAGCAUCGGCGGGGUCAUCUACUCGCUGUUCGCCGGCUCUCCUCUAGUCAUCCCUCUAACCACGGCUCCGCUCGCCAUUUUCAUCAGCGUGAUUAGAGGAAUCUGCGACGACUACAACCUGGACUUCCCAGCUUUCUACGCCUGCAUCGGUCUGUGGAACUGCCUCUUCCUCAUCCUUGGAGGUAUCUUCAAUGUCAGCCUCCUCAUGAAGCUCUUCAAAAGGUCGACGGAGGAGGUCAUCGCCCUGUUUAUUUCCAUUGCAUUUGUUGUAGACGCAGUGAAAGGCACAGUCAAAAUCUUUCACAGGUACUACCACUCCCCAACACUGGCUAAUAGUAGCAUGGAGGUCUUCCCUCAAAACGGAGACCUGAUCGGGGGAAACCGGAGCGAGACGGCGGCUCGGUUUGCCGUCAGAGUUCUCCCCGAAACCCUCAUCCAGUGCACUCGAGAGAGGCCCGUCCUCUGCCUCCUGCUGAUGCUCGGGACACUGUGGAUGGGCUACACCCUCUACCAGUUCAAAAGGAGUCCGUUCCUGCAUGCCAAAGUGAGGGAGGUGCUGUCGGACUGCGCCCUGCCGAUCUCAGUGCUCCUGUUCUCCUUCAUCGGCUCCUACCUUUUCAGCGACAUUGAGCUUCCGGUGUUCAAGGUUCACGACCGCCCCGUCUUCAACGUGGCUCCGUUCGAGCGUCUGUCUGCGAUGAACGUCCUCAGCGCCAUGGGCCUCGGCUUCCUCCUGGCCCUCCUCAUCUUCAUCGACCAGAACAUUGUCGUCUCACUGACCAAUGCUCCGGAGAACAGGUUGCUGAAGGGCACGGCGUAUCACUGGGACCUGAUGCUCUCCGGGCUCAUUAACAUACUGAUGUCGGUGCUGGGGUUGCCCUGGAUGCACGCAGCCUUCCCCCACUCCACCCUCCAUGUGCGCCAGCUGGCUUUUGUGGAGCAGCGCGUGGAGGGGGGGCACCUCUACGAGACUAUCGUGCAGGUGAAGGAGACCCGGCUGACGUCUCUGACUGCCAACAUCUUCAUCGGCGUGUCGGUGCUGCUGCUGCCUCUCCCGCUGCAGUGGAUCCCCAAACCGGUCCUGUACGGCCUCUUCCUCUACAUCGCCCUCACCUCCAUCGAUGGGAACCAGAUGUGCGACCGCAUGGCCCUCCUCCUCAAGGAGCAGACGUCUUACCCGCCUACCCACUACAUCCGCAAAGUGCCCCAGAGAAAGAUCCACUACUUCACCUUCCUGCAGAUGAUGCAGCUGCUGGUGCUGUGUACGUUUGGCAUGUACCCGAUACCGUACAUGAAGAUGAUCUUCCCUCUGCUCAUGAUCAUGCUUAUUCCAAUCAGGAACAACGUGCUUCCUCAUAUCAUUGAGGCCAAAUACUUGGACAUAAUGGAUGCCCAACACAUGUAGCUACAGACGGAUCGGCGUGUUCUGGAAGCAGACGUCCAGCGUUAGAGAAAAAAGAGAUGAGGAGAAAAAAAAACAUAUUUUUCAAUGCAAAACUGUACGGAAGCAAAAAAGGAAGAAGAAGAAAUACCGACUGUUUAGAUUUUUGUAUCUGAUAAGAACAUUCUUACAGGUGAAGCACUGGAAAUGUGGGAAGUCGGGUGAGGCGGAGGAGAGAUGAAGGGAAAUGUUUUCGGGACAUGGACAGACCGCACCUCUCUGAGGAAAAAAACCCCAAAACAGGACCGCCCAGAACUCCCUGUUACACCUCUGUUUGAACCCUGUCAGAUUGUUCAGUGCCAUAUACCUCCAUGUUCUCCUCUCACACCUUUACAUUUUAUGCUACCAUUUUACAGCAGUGUAUUCUUCUGUGUGUUUAAGCUAUGGGUCAGUGCUUAGAGUACUCACUAGUACUGUGUAAGUAAGAAAAAUGCUGCCAGUAGAAACGUAGAAAGGUGUAACAGCACAAUGUAAGUAUGAACAAUAUCUGUUUCUGACACUUUGCACUCACAUUGUGUUUUUACGCCGUCAUCCGGGUCACGUUUACAUACUUACACUGUGUUGAUAAGUACCUAAAUACUUCCCCACGAGUACAUGUACUAGUAAGAACACUGCGUUUAGACCAGAGCAGAGAAGACCUUUUAUAUUCCUGUCAUUGUGCAGUGUUGAAACCUUUACAUUCCUGCACCUUUUAGCUGUGAUAGCCCCUUUUGCUAUGAAGGACACUUACAUAUUUACGUUCAGAAUCAUUCCAACUCAAGUCUGUGUUCAUUAAAGAGAGGACAAAAGGAAAGUGUGUGUGAUUUAAAAAAAAAAAAAAAAA